AAAGAUCUGCAGUGGCAGGACUGGGGCAGGACAGAGGAGCCUAACCCAGACAGGCCGGCUGGACAGGACCCCAUCUGGGCUGAAGGCUUUGUAUCUGAAGGCUGGUGAUUCCUCAUAGGAGCUAUGCAUAAGAAAUACAGCAACAGCACAGGCAGCUGAUACACAGGUACUAGGGGCUUUGAAAAACAAUCUCUCUCCCUCCAAAAUCACUCCAGGAAUGGGACUCCAAUCUGCCUGAACCCUAAGAGGAACCCUAAUGAGGGCAAGAAAGCCAUGACAGCUCACCCAGCGUUCGGAGAGGUGGCUUUGCUGGCAGGAAGGCUGAAAGGCCAGCAGGGUCUGAGGAAGAAUGGGGAAAAGCAACCUCUCCAGGCAACCCCACCACAAUCAACAUAGUCUACAAUCCAACUCUACACCCUAAGAUUCUGACAGACAAAACCUGCCCGUCCCUAGUUUCCCCAACUGAAUCAGUUCUAGGAGAACAAGGUUAAAGGGAGCAGCACAUUCACUCUUUAGUUACCCUAGGCCCUGCCACCUCACUAUAUCUGCAUCUGUCUCAGUCACCACAGUUACAGUAGAACCUGGAAAGGAGGGAUCCUUGGAGAGGGUGGGAGGUUCCUAGAGAGGUAGGGGGUCUCUGGAAGAGAGAUGGAUCUCUAAAAGAGGGGGUCUCCGGAAAGGAUAAGGUCUGAUGGUGGGGUGGGGGGGACAUUGUCUUCAUCACAUACACUGUGAUCUAGAACUCUGUGGGACAGAACCACAUUCUAGAGCUCAGGGGGAGGGAUCCCCUCCCCCCAACUCUCAAAGCUGGGGGGAGAGGGAGGUUUUCUCUUCAUGCUCCUUUUUAGGGGACUGCCUGGCACAGACACCAGGAGGCCAAGCCACCUGUGAGGAGGCUGGGUCCCAAGCUGUUCUAAACCCAUUCCUGCACAGAGGAGGUGAGGCCUCCUGAUUGCCCUGCUCUCACCCGUGACACAGUUCAGCCAAGAAGCUCUCUACCCUUGCCAGCCAGCUCCUUGCCAAGUUGCACUUAGGGUUCUCUGACCAGCCCAAGCUCCCUCAGAGCCAAGAGAAUAGUCAGUACAGGGCCAGAGUGGGCAUCUCCUCUGGGCCUGUCCUAUAGGCCUGACUCCCCUAUCUUGGAGCUGGGGAGGGGUGAGCUCAUCACACCAAAUGAGAAACACCCCCUGCCUGUAACUGCUCGACACCCCCCAUGUCUCCAUGGGGAAAGGACUGGGGCUGCAGGAUGCAUGAUCAGCAGAGCCAGGGAUAGGGACAUGAGAGCCAGGAUGAGAUGGAACAGGGCAUCCCAGCACCUGGUCACCCUCUUGUCCAUGGACAGAGCCAGCCAUGGCAGAGGAGGUAUGGGUGGGCACCUGGAGGCCCCAUCGCCCCCAGGGGCCCAUCAUGGCCCUCUACAGCAGUCCUGGACCCAAGUACCUGAUUCCACCCACCACGGGCUUUGUGAAGCACACACCCACCAAACUGCGAGCACCGGCCUACAGCUUCCAUGGGGCCCCCAUGCUCUUGGCAGAGAACUGUUCUCCAGGACCCCUCUAUAGUGUAAAUCCCAAGAUACUGAGGACUGGCAAGGAUCUUGGCCCUGCCUACUCCAUCCUGGGGCGCUACCACACCAAGACCAUGCUGACCCCCGGCCCAGGUGAUUACUUUCCAGAGAAAUCUACCAGGCAUGUGUUUGACUCAGCACCCAGUCAUUCCAUAUCUGCCCGGACCAAGACCUUCCGAGUGGAUAGUACUCCAGGCCCUGCUGCAUACAUGUUGCCAGCGGUGAUGGGGCCACACACUGUGGGCAAGGUCUCCCAGCCCUCCUUCUCCAUCAAGGGCCGCAGCAAACUGGGCAGCUUCAGCGACGACCUGCACAAGGCAAGGACUCCAGGUCCUGCAUCAUACCACCAGACUGACAGUCAAGUAACAAAGUUCAAGGCUCCACAGUACACCAUGGCCGCCCGAGUGGAGCCCCCCAGGGAUAAGACCCUGAAGCCAGGACCAGGAGCCCACAGGCCUGAGAAGGUGACCAUGACCAAGCCCUGUGCCCCUAUCGUCACCUUUGGAAUCAAGCAUUCUGACUACAUGACACCCCUGGUUGUUGAUGUGGAAUAGCCCUGACCCUGCAUCUCACCAGCCUAUGCCCAUGACUUCCAUAGAGAUUUGCUGGGCUGACACUUCUUCCACCAACGAGGCCACUGCCAGCUUGGCCCUGCACAGUAGAGCUACUUUGGACAGUUUUAACAAGUUUUUUUUUUUUUUCUAUGCUAUCUCCUCUGUUUGCUAAUCUUGUUUCCUUCCAUGUCCAAAUUAUUUAAUAAACCACAGAUUACAUUUGUAAGGGUUUAUCUUGGAGAAAGGAAAAAGCUUGUCCAGAAGGGGCACUUAUCUUGGGCCUCUUGGCUUGGAGGCCCUGCAGAAAAAGUGGGGGGAGGGGAGCCUCAAAGCUCUUCCUCAUACCUGAGCUUCCCUUUACAGGCUCUUCUCUCUACACUAAGGCUCUCCUUUUGACAAUAAAGGGUGGGUUUAAUCUGGACUACCUGGAUAAAGGGGUACAACAGAAAUGCUCUUGACUGAUGCCCCAUGUGUCUGCUGUGAAGCUCAAUACAUGCAAGGUUAUGCCACCACCUCCAGAUAUCCUGGCCAGAAUCUCAGUUCAAGUCAGCACUGGCCUCCAGGCUUUCAAGCCCCAGCCCACCUGCCAGUCAGGCCUGGAUAUGGCAGAGCACAUGGCCAUUCUCACUGUACUGCCUCAAGUUUCAACCAAGACACACCUUUAUUAGUAUUAAGUUCAAAUUUUAGGAGAGUCUGUUACCAUCAACAGCCAGUAAGAAAAUGUGUGGAAGAAAGCAGGCAUCUCAGCGCUAGGCCUGAGGAGGUCUGUAGAGGCUCCUAAGGGUCCAAAUACAUCCCAAGGUCAGGCUUCAGAAAGCAGGGAUGGACUUUCAGCUCAGCUUUGGGGCAGUCAGUACAAGACUAGUGGCCCUAUCCAACCAGCCUGUGUGUCCCUAGGACCGUACCUUCAUUCCCUCAGCUCUUAGGAGAUAAUGUUGUCAGCAUCCCACCCUCAGACUGGCAGAGAAGAGUUAUAUAACAGGAAGUGGCAAGUCUGUGGCUACCCUAGUCCAGGCCACGGGGACAAGGGAUCCCUGGGAGAUGGACAAGGGUGCCCAAGACUGGCCAUAGACCAGAUUUGGCUUAAAAGAACUCUCUCAAACUCAUUCCUGGAAAAUGAGAACAAGGAAUAUACUGAUACCAAGACUUUAUUGCUAAGAGUCUGCCAACUCAUUCUCACAACUGCUCACAUUGAGCACCAAGGGCUUUCUGGUGUUGAAGAACAUGUUGGAAGCCCACCUAUCCAUUAGGUCAGGUGCCAGGUACACAGGACUGAGCUAAAGGCUAUGGUUAGGACAUUCAGGAAGUUGGUCUGACCUGGUGACUAUGGAGAUGGUGCCAUGAUUCAUAAAAAGAGAACAAAAGCUAAACUAGACAAGAAUUACAACUCAGACCCUCAAGCAGCUGGAGGCUUGAGAUCUAUGAGAGUAAGGUAGAGUCUUGAGGAGAGAACCAGACAUGCUGGGGGUGGGGGGGUGUCUCAGAGAGGAUGGCAAGGGCACUGCUCCAGACAGUGUCAUCUCCAAAUAACGAAAUUUAGACCUAGUUGGCACUAGCAAGAUGAGCAGGGACUGGCUGUGGAAAGUGCCUUGGGAAGUCACAAUACCAGCACUCAGGAGGCUAAGGCUGGAGGAUUACCAGUUGAGGGCCAGCCUAGGCCACAUAUUUUCAGAGAAGACACAUAGCAAGACACUAUCCAAAGAAACAACAAAAUACCCUGGGGUUCAUUCCUAGAAAGUACAAGUCAACAGUGCAUGGCCAGGAAGGCAGAGGAGACAAACCUGAAGCAUGAACAAGCCUGCUGCAGGGACCAGAGGGAGGAAUGAUGCAGGCAGCUAUUACCAUGCUUGGUGACAAACAGAAGGCUAAACCAAAGCCCUGGUCCGUAGGAUAUCAGGAGUCAAAGAUGAAGGGCCUGUAAAGGGACACCUAAGGAGGAGGAACAAGCUAGAUGAGCCCAGCUGUUAGUGUCAAACAGCAAUGCCACAGAGAGGCAGUGUGAAAUGGGCUGCACUGGAGGGAGAGGGGUCAAAACAGAGGUUGGCCCUUCUCCCUCCUCCAGAAGGCUUACAGGCUCAGGCAGACACAAUCAAAGGGCCAAAUGAGAAAAGGAGACUAUGGUCAAUGUGGACACACAGAAAGGCUGCUCAAUAAAGGAAGAAGAGGAGGGUGCCUAGUGUUGGAGCAAGGCAUAGGCACUAAGAGGCCAGGUUAUGGUAGAAUCUAGGUUAACUUAGAAAUCAGAGGUAGUGGUUCUAGACAGCAUCAUGGUAUAGCCAUGUGAGUGGACAGUAAGCCAACAGUCCUCAAGGAGGGAGAGUGAUGAGGAGACAGAUCAGAAUAAGGUCAGAGAAGGGCACAGAACUGCACUGUUCAUUUCUUUUUUGGUCUUUUUGAGACAGGGUCACCCUGUAGCCACAACUGGCCUGGAUUCACUAUGGAGACUAGGCUGGCCUUGAACUAACAGAGAUCCAUCUGCCUCUAGUGCUGGGAUUAAAGGCAUGCAAAACCACUCACAGCUAACUGUUCAUUUCUUAAAGACAUUUUAUGUGAAGACAGAAGUG